CCGAUUGCACUUCCAAAUUCGUCCGCUGUUCUGGUUUAGAAGGCCAAAUAGCGACAGGCAUGUCUGCAGCGUUGCGUGUACUAUAUUCUGUGUCCCGGCCAGGCACCAUUGCGGCUGGACACAAUCUUGUGCGUCCAAUCAGUCUGUCGGCCCAGAGAGAGGGAUUCAAGUAUGUGAAUGCUCAGGAUCUGCCCACAGACAUGAAGUCCAUAACAGACAGAGCCGCUCAGACUCUGCUAUGGACGGAGCUCUUCAGAGGAUUGGGCAUGACCAUGAGCUACCUGUUCAGAGAGCCGGCCACCAUAAACUACCCGUUUGAGAAGGGGCCCCUGUCUCCCCGUUUCCGCGGUGAGCACGCCCUGCGCAGGUACCCCUCUGGAGAGGAACGCUGCAUCGCCUGCAAGCUGUGUGAAGCCAUCUGCCCCGCCCAGGCCAUCACCAUUGAGGCAGAGCCCCGUUCGGACGGCAGCAGGAGGACAACGCGCUACGACAUCGACAUGACCAAAUGUAUUUACUGUGGCUUCUGCCAGGAGGCCUGUCCUGUUGAUGCCAUCGUGGAGGGCCCCAACUUUGAGUUUUCCACAGAGACCCAUGAGGAGCUGCUCUACAACAAAGAGAAACUGCUCAACAACGGAGACAAGUGGGAGGCCGAGAUCGCUGCCAACAUACAAGCUGAUUACCUCUAUCGAUAGACAGACAGGCUGGCUGACGAGCGCACACACACCGACAGACUGAUGGACCGUGCUCUGUUGAUAACCAUGAAACACACACAGAUGCGGUAUGACAAACUGGCACACACAUUGUAUAGAUAUCCUUCAGCCUCUUUGACACAGACACAUAUCCCUCCAUACUGUACUGUUGAUCCAGAUCAGUGUUCACACCCAGACCUGUUUCCAGAGAUCCAAACAGCACCGUUUAUCUAUAUUGCAUAUAUCUAUACUGCAUAGAUAUUGAAUGUGACUUGGAUGAUUGGGACAAAAUAAACAGCAGGGAGCCACAGCUCUCCAGAACCAGGUCUGUGUGGACCACUGUCAAAAUAAGCUCAGCUCACCCACAGAGCGAUGCACCCUCGGUCUCCUGUACCGGCAGCCAGCCCACAGAUACCUAUCCUGGGGCACAUUCAAUAGGGAUACGUUGUGGAAAUUUUCAUAAAGAAAUUGCAUCAAUAGAGUUGACAUGAUUCUUUAUUCUACUUGUUAAUGAGGCAUGUUUGUUCUACAUACCAUAUGUCUGAACGUUCCACAACGCUGUGCCCUGCUGAACGCACCCCUGAUGUCUAUGCUCAACAGUACUGUCUAUCUGAUUCGAGGUAAGAUAUUGCCCCAAACCACAGAUCUAGGAUCAGAUCAAAUGAACUUGAACCAGUAGGGACAAGGGGAAAAAAUCUGACCAUGUGUUAGUGGUUAGGGACAACUACCUACCCUGUGUCCCAAAUGGUACCUUACCUCCUAUAUAGUGCACUACCUUUGACCAGGGCCCAUAAGACUGGUCAAAAGUAAUGCACUAUAUAAGGAAUAGGGUGGCUUUUGGGACACAGUUCUACUCUGUUUUAAGGGCGGCGUGUUAUCAUUUUGUCGGAGAGUAAUACACAACCAGUUGGCACAUGAUACUCGGGCUCUAUUAUAAUUAUUAUUAUUAUCCUCAAACUAGAGAAUAUAUUAGCCUGCUGCAAACACAAAGUUACAUGGGGGUUUGUUGUCAUGAUAAUUGUACAAAGGUUAAGUACUUGUGGACUUUAAAUUAUGAAGAAUAAAUAUUAUUCUGUCCUAAGUUUUAAAAUGG